GGGAGGACCAACCACACUCAUGAAAAUUGCUUUGAAUUGCAUGGUUACCCACCAAGUUGGAAUACAAAAGGAAAAGGAGUUAAAGAAUUACAAAUUACUGCUCAGCCACGUGGUAGUUUUCACAUGCAUGCUCAACAAGCUCCUAGUGCUACUCGAAGGAUCACUCAACACCCAGGACACCCAAAAGCUGCCCACGUAGAAGGAAGUCUCACUUCUAAUUAUGGACUUUCUGCCAACCAAUUGGAGGAGCUUGCGCAGUACAUGAAACAAAAAUUUGUUGACCAAUCGGUUGAUCAAUCUUCCUCAUCUACUACUCGGGCAAACAUGGCAGCCACACCGUCACAUGUUUAUCCUUGGAUUAUUGACUCUGGAGCAACCGAACAUAUAACGUGUGAAGGACUUACCCUCGAUGAAGCUGAUUGGAGUGGGUAAAUUUCGUGACGGUCUAUAUUAUCUCAACACUCCUAGGAGAGCAGGGGUGGCAAUGUCAGUUACUCAAGACUUUGAAUUAUGGCAUCAGCGUCUGGGACAUGCGUCAGAUGGAAAAUUGCACUACAUCUCAUCUCUUCAGGGGCUUAAGAAAAAUUAUGAUUUCUGUGAUCCUUGCUUACGAGCCAAGCAGACUCGUUUGCCUUUUCCCGUUAGUAUGAAUAAAAGUUCACACUGUUUUGAAUUAAUACAUUGUGACAUUUGGGGAGGUUACAAAUGUGAUUCU